GUCUUUUAAACCUCACCCUUUGCUUUCGCUCGCUCUCCGCCGCUCGCAUUUCCAUUCCUAACCUCUUUUCCUACGCCGCUAUGUCUGUGAUCAGCCGGCUCGGGGUGACAGCCAGGCUCGCUUCUCGACUGCGUCGAGCCUACGGCUCAAAUGCGGCGGCUCAGCUUGACUACUAUUAUUACGAUGAGGAAGAGGACGGGAACCGGGCAGAAAUGGCGGAAUCGGAGUUCUGGGAGACUCCGGGGAGAAGUGUGCAGUGGGUGAUAAUGGGCGAUCCAACGGUCAUACGUCAUGUAUACGCCCAGCGGCUCGCCAAGCUUCUAGACGUUCCUCAUAUCUCCAUGGGCUCUCUCGUUCGACAGGAACUCAAUCCUAAUUCUCCCCUCUACAAAAAGAUUGCUGCUGCUGUGAAUCAAGAGAAGUUAGUUCCAGAGGACAUAAUAUUUGGUCUUUUAUCCAAGCGGCUAGAGGAAGGCUACCGUGAAGGUGAAAAUGGCUUUAUUUUGGAUGGGAUCCCUCGAACGAGGAUGCAAGCUGAAAUACUAGACCAAAUUGCCCACAUAGAUUUGGUGGUGAAUCUUAAGUGCACUGAGGAGUGUGUGGUGAAGAAAACUUUAGGUGGUGGAAUUUAUUCUUCUCCUCUCAAUCUCAAUCUUCAGCCAAAUGCAGGUCCUUGUCAAUCUUCGAGUGUUGACUCAGAUCCCAACUGGAAGGAGAAACUUCACAUGUUUUCCGAAAAGAGGAAGCCCCUGGAGGAAUACUAUAAGCAACAGAAGAAGCUUGUGGAGUUCCAGGUGGGCGGGGCACCUGGGGACCCCUGGAAUGGUCUUUUGGCUGCACUACACCUGCCACACAUGAAUACUAAUAAUGUUGUCACUUCACCACACAAGUUGAUGCCAUGAUUUCUAUUUUCCUUCCUUUUGUUCACUUCACAACUGUUGUGGGAGGGAACGCAAGAUAUUGAUCUUGAAAUUUUUGUAGUGCAUAUAUAUAUUUAUAUCCAAUUUUGUUUUAUUGAUGAAAGGUUACUAUCAUUAUCCUUUUGUUUUAUGUUGAAGACUUCAAGUAUAGUUUAUCGCUGAAUGGAGUGUAAACAACAUUGUCGGGCAUUUUAUGUUGUGUUGUGAUGAUUUCUAUUUAUUCAUCUGUUUUGUGUUGAGGUUUUAUCAACUGAUGUUAAUUUGACAUAUUAGUCCCACAAGGACGCGAGGCAACAAUUGU